AUGGGGAACACAUCUGACUCCAACCAUGCCUCUUCCUCUCUCAUCCAGCAUUUACGAUCCGUGCUCCCCCAAGACGGAUCCCGAGAGGCCCUCAUCACCUCAGUCAUCCCGAAGCUGCUCCAGAGUGUAGCUGGGGUAGCCCAGACACUGCGCAGUUCACACAACGUUUCUGCUGUGGGCACCGCCAACACCUUCGGCGAUGAUCGUGUGUCCACCCUCUCCCACCACCACAAGGCAUCACUAGUAGAACUAACACCACUAGAACUCAACGUUGACGUGGCAGCCGAGAACGUCAUCCGCGAGGCCAUCGCCCAGUGCCCGUCCAUCGUGACCGCCAGCAGCGAAGAAGAUCCCAUUGAGCGCGCCGUCCAGCACACCGUUCCCACCUCCAUCUCAUCCACCCAGGAACAAUACACCCUCGCCUUCGACCCCCUUGAUGGCAGCUCCAUCAUCUCAGCCAACUGGACAGUCGGCGCCAUCUUCUCCCUCUGGGACGGCGCGACCGCCCUCAACCGAAACCCCACCACGCGCCAAGUAGCCGCCAUCCUCGGCGUCUUCGGCCCACGAACAACCGCCAUCGUCGCCCUACGCACCCCCAACACCAGCACCCCACCAACCUGCUUCGAACUCGCCCUCUCCCCCGCACCCCAAUCCCAAUCCAAACCCACUUCCCCCCCCACCUGGCACCUCACCCGCCCCACCCUCACCCUCUCCCCCACCUCCCACUACUUCUCCCCCGCCAACCUGCGCUCCGCAGCCACCUUCCCGGCCUACCUCUCCCUGAUCACACAGUACAUCACGCAGCGCUACACCCUCCGCUACGCGGGCGGGCUCGUGCCGGGACGUGGCGCACAUGCUGGUGCGCGGCGAGGGGCUGUACGUCAGCCUCGUCACGGCGAGGGAUGGGGCCAAGUUGCGGAGGUUGUAUGA